UGGAUUGUCUGGUUGUGCAUUACUUGGCUGAGCAUUAUAGUGAAACGUCAAUGUCAAAAGUUUCAAAUCCAAAUGGCCGAUUUUUCGAUUGAAGCCGUUACUUUUAUUUUCCUCGAAUUUUUGUUUCUAAGUUUGUAAAAUCAUUAAAUAUUCCGAAAUGACGAUGUUGAAAGUGAAUAAAAAACAACUGAAAAUAACAAAGCUGUUUCGCAAAGGAAAUAAACGUCCCAGAAUCCUUAAGGAAAAAGAUGAAAACAGUGAAUUACAGCAGGAGGUAGCGGAACUAGAGCGUAAGCUUCGAGAGAAACAAGAUUACCUGUUCCAAAUCCAGCGGGCGAGCUACCGGCACCCUGUAGUAGUACCGAAGAGAACUGAAGAUAAUGAUGUUGCUAAUACUAAAUCAAUAAUUGUGAAAAACCGCAUAGACGAAUGGCAGAAGACACUGGACCUGGCGGCAAUGUUGACAGGCAUGGAGGUGGAGUCCUAUGGCCGGGAGCACUGCAGCGUCAUAUUUCACAUGCAGCUUGACAGGGAGGUGGAUAUCAAACACGGAGUCACCAUAUCCAGAGUAGAUGGCGAGCACAAAAUCACAGGCUGCUCUUUGCCACUCGGCUUUAACCUGGAGUCGAUGCUGGAUGGUUGCAACGAUGAGGUAUCGUUCAAAACCUUCGACGUCAUCAGGAAGGCACUCACCGCCUACUACGCUAGACUUGAACAGUAUGAAGAUCUCAAGGAGUUCCUAUCCAUAGAUGCCUCACUCUUCAAGCUGAUGGACGGCACGCAGAUGGAAAUCACAUUCGUCGUCAGAGACGAACUGGAGCAAGACAGCGAAGCCACUGAAAGCAUAACAUUUAUACUGCACUACACUAUGUAUGACAUACGACCUAGAGACUAUUCUUUCAAAGGUUUUUCAGAUAAACCUCAAGAGACGCUGCAGGAACAGUUCCUGUUGUUCAAGAAAUAUCCUCUGACAAAAGCCUUCAAAAUGGCCUUCAUCGACGGCGAGGGCUCCUACAAACUGGUCAGGCAUCACGACAACCCGCUGAACGACAGCGCCCGUCGCAAGCGUCGCCGGCCCCACGCCCGCGCGAACCACGCCAACGACGAUACCUUCCACGUCGAGGACUUCUCCGAGUCCAGUGGGGAUGAGGCUGAAGAUAAUUGAAUUAUGAAUCGGUUAAGCUCACAAAUCGCAAUGUUUAUGUGUAAAAUACCACCGGAAAUAAAUUAGGAUAAUAAGUAUAUAAA